CAGGGCUAAUUCCAAAUAUCGAGUCCAACAAACAAAUCUCGACUUGAAAACUCAAAUGCUGUACAACAGCUGAAAGCAACUGUACAUACCUACUGAUUGAUUCAAUUGUCAAGGAAAAAGCGAAAGGACCCUUGAAGUGACGUUGCGUGACAUCUCUUGUUUGAUACGAGUUGUCGCAACGGCGCUACGCUACGAGGGGCUCAAGCUCAAGGGAUAACUUAAGUUACUGGCAACGUUUCAGUCUAUUUCAGUUAGAUACCGAGUCUCCCCUCCUCUCAUGAUACAAACUCAAGGGAGGAUUUGCUGCGCCGCCGCCAAAACCCGACUAAAAUAACUACUCUGACAUUCCUACGCCUGCGAGCAUACGAGUCCACAAAGAACGAUAUACUCCUCUGGCCCCGCGCCAACAUCGAUGAUCAUCACCGCGACUCACACUGCUUCGAUAACGAUAUAAACUUCACAAAGAAUGUGGCCCUUUACUCGCUGCGGCGAAGACGCCUGCGAAAUCCAACCCCGCCCUGUCACACUCGCCUCGUCCAUCGCCGCCCUCCCGUUUCUCCUCAUCUGCAUCUCGACAUCAAUCCUCGUUGUUCGACAUGUCUUUCCCCGUCUGAGCAGCGAUGCCGAUUCUCGCGACGGCGAAGAUCACGUCCUACCUACACAUGCACCAGCGUGUCUGCGACAAGUCCACGCUGAACAUGGUGCCAAGAGCUGGAGGCGGCGCGGCGCAGCCUGGACGUUUGGCCUUACUGUGGGAUUGGCUGCUACAUUGGGCGCGCUGAUCAUGGACGAAAUCAUCGAAGUUGUCAACGCCGACUCGAGAAAUUUGGCUUUGAGAAUAACGGUGCCAAGCUUGCUGUUCUUGCUGGUCGUGUUGGUACCUUGGCUGGAGUGUCGAUCGGUUGUUUCGAGUGCCGGAUGGAGUUUUCAGAGAACUGCCAAGGGAAAACUUCCUCGGGUCGCUUGGGGAUUACAAACUGCUCUGUUCAUGGGAUGGCUAUUUGCUUUCUGGUCUGUUGGCCAGGCUGUUCCCGAGGGCGCGAUGCGCAGGACAAGCAAUUGGAGUGGAAGCCUCUCCGAGAUGUUGACACGCGGAUGCCUGGAACGUAUUGGUGUCGUCGGUAUCUCACUGAUGGCUUUACUGUCUGGCUUCGCUGCUGUUUCUUCACCGUGGCAGGCAUUCAUGGAUCUUACAACCCGUCGCAAACGACCUGUCACAGAUGCUGAUGUAGCGAGAAAGCAAGCUGGGCUGGAUACUGCCAACGAAAUGCUUCUCACCAAGCGUCAUCGCUUGCAAUACCUCGAACGCAAGACAUCUGGUCCUCAGAAUGGAGCCUCUGCCAAGGGAAGUGGCCUUGUUGGCAAAGUCAUGGGUUCUCUUCGUGGUCCAACUGGUGAUGAGGCAGAGAUGCGAUCGCUGCGCUUGGAAAUUGCUGGUCUCGAGACGAUGGAAGCCAACCUGGCUUCAGGAGUUUCUCUCCUCAAGAGCCACCGGGCUGCCACAGUUCGCGCUUCAACAUCCAUUGGACGUAUUCUUCUCAUUCCCUCGCAGCUCUUCAGCUUGUACUGUGUGUAUCGCAUUGGCGCAACUACAAUCACAACUAUUCGCCGAGCAUAUUCACCCACAUCAAGUUUCGCCAACACGGAUCCCAUUAACCGCUUUCUUAGUAUUCUUGCGCGUCAUUGGGAUCCCAAGUUGGAUCAACUAGCAUGGGCACGCCUUAUCAGCUUUGCUCUUAGCGGUGUCAUUCUCCUCGCCAGCGCCAACAGUGUGGUCCAGACGUUCCACCUGUUUGCUAAAUGGACUCCAGGCCUGCUCCGCCAAGCACAAGCGAAUCUGGCGCUGGUGGUCGGACAGAUCGCUGCGACUUAUGUCAUCUCAGCUUCACUUCUCCUCCGCAGUCAAUUGCCGUCUGCCUUGGGCUCGGCAGUCGGAAGCGUGUUGCGAGGUGCCUUGAGUCCCGCAUUUGUGGAUGGUUGGUUUGAGGGUUGGUUCCUAGUAGGCAGCCUUAUAACAGCCAUUGGUAUCUGGAUAGGUAGAAAGCUCGGUGGUGAUGACGAGUGGGAUGAGUACGGAAUGGAAGAGAUGGGCGCCAAAAUGUCGUAGGUGCUUGAGUAAGGUAGUGGUGGUUCGUUUCUAUGCUUUUCGAGGUUCGGGUUAGCACGCAAGCAUUUUUUUAAUAAGCGAAGCGGGUGGAUGCACUGUACGAUUGACUGACUGAUACAUGUCUGGGUUGGCGUUUAGACGACAAGGCUCUUGAGAGAUGAGAGGCGUUGAUACAUAGAGUACAAUUUGGGUAUAUCACAGGGAAUAGGACUAUACCUACUGAGAAAGGAUACAGGUAGAAGGGCUUGUCAGGCCCUGCAAUACAUUGCAAUGUUACCAAGAAA